AUGGCCUCCAUGGGGCACUCCAUGGCCUCCAUGGGCCACGACAUGGCCAAGGGGCUGGAGCACGGUGCCAAGGUCGCCCUGGCGGCGACCGCCAAGGCAGGCGACCUAGCCGGACACGGACUGGGCGUGGCGGGACACAAGGUGAACGUAGCGGCAAAGGCGGCGGGCCACGCAAUCCCCGAGGCGGCGAAGGACAUCGAAGUCGGCGCCAAGGCGGUCUUGCACAACUCAUCCAAGGUCAUGGCCAAGGCAGCUAACGCCUCCGAGCACGUCUUUACUGACGGCUUCCGUGCUGCCGCCCACGGCCUCGGCCAACUCGGACAUGGCGCCAAAAACGUCGGCGAAGUCGCCGCUGCCGGAACUGUAGUCGCCGGUCGUACGAUCGGCCGCAAAGUAAGUGCCGGUGCCAGCGACCUCAAGCACGGCAUCAAGGCAGCCGCUAAGCCGGAGCCACACGUCCCUCGCCUUGACCGAAAACCGCUUGACAGCAAGACCGCCAAAGGCAACCUCGGAAAGGCCGUCGCUCGGGUGGCCUCCGUCCAGAAACAAGUUGACACCGGGAACAGGCCUGCCGAUUUCGAACAGGCCAAAGAGGCAGCCAAGGCCCGCCUUGGCUCCUUCGCCAAGGGACCCACCGCACCGACCCGCAACUUCCUAGGCGCUCCCGCACGCAAGAUGGCCGACAAGGUUCCUAAUCAGACGGCCGCCAAACCGGCAACCCACCUCAUGGCCCCCGGUCGCGCGUCUCGCCACCAGGCCUCGCCCACCUCCGUUUCUUCGGCCUCUUCGCGGACCUCUGUCUCUUCGGCCUCCUCCAUCUCGGCCUCCUCCGUCUCGGCCAGCUCCAUCUCAGCCACCUCCGUCUCGGACUCCUCCGUCUCGGCCUCCUACCUCUCGGCAUCGCCCGCUGCCGCCUCCCCGUCCUCGGUCUCGGCCUCACCCUACUCCGUGACCCCCAGCCAAAUUUCCGGUCGCAGCGGCUACACCUCGCACGUCUCCGCCGACCUUGGCUCGGCAGACGGUGUCUCCGCACGCGACGACAUCAGCGAAGUCAGCGACCGCUUCGACGACGACAAGGUACCUACCGUCGCCCUCGCGCGAUCCCCCGUCUCCGUCGCCGUCUCCCCGGCGCCCACCAACCGCACCGGAGCCAGUCAAUGA